AUGUUAAGAUACGAUCGGAACCCGAAUGUGUUGGCAUCAUUGCGUUCGAUGAGAACAGAGGUGGACCGAGCAGGACGAGGAGGGAAUGACGUCAGGGUAAUCUUGUACUUCUAUUCCUAGUCAAGCGAAUAUUUAGUCCCAGAUGGCUUCGGAAGCGAAACUAAUCUUAGAGCGGGCCGAAAGGGAAAUUAAUAAGAUUCAGAAGAGGCGGACAGAAGCCCUCAUGAACGGCGAUACUAUCAACGCCGAGAGACUUGCCCGUCGAAUCAACCAAAUCUAUUCCGCCGCGGUUAGAGAGGCUCGAGUAGAUGCAGUCCGAAAUGAGGUUAGCUGUAGUUGAUGAGGAACUUAAGCAGUUGUAAUUGUUGCCCGUGUUAGACUUGGUGACGUCAUUCCUUUAGAGAACGAGACGUCCUCGGAGUUACGAUCAGUUAGAUACAAUGGAAAGAUUGCCACAAACAGAAGGAAGGAGCUUCAGAAGACGGCCAAGGAUCGUCACUCCACCAAGAGAUUACUAUAAAGAAUAUGCGAGAGAUAGGAACGAGGCCCAGACAAGUUAUACAAGAUUCAGAUCUCCAUGGAGAUUACCAUCUCCUCCGGAAAAACAGCAAAGAGAUAGAUUUCGGAGAACGAAAAGCCAAAGGAAUAAUCAACGACGAUCACAGAGUUCCGGAUCUGAAAGACUCAAAUAUACAUCCAAUUCAGAAGCUGCUGUUAAACAUAUGAAACGGAACAAAAGACUCAAAGAUGUGAAACUUCCAAAAACGGCUGAUGUCAUCAAACAGAUCCCGAUGACUGGUCAAAGUCAGCUACAUCCUAUUCCUGAGCCAGGAGAAACAAAGUAAAUUCAUUUAGUAUUUAUGUCAACUUUUUUUAGUAUAUGUCCUCAAUGUUAUGAACGGAACGAUGCCUUCGCAGUAGAGGCCAAUCUGAAGCAGCACUGGUUGUAUCAUUGUCCUGUUCUCACGAAAUGCGACUUCUGUGAUCAAGUUCUUCAUGUGGCCGAACUCAAUAAUCAUCAUAUAAAUCUGUGCCAAUUUGUGAACAAAACCAUGCUUCCCUGUCCAUUAUGUGGCUUGGCUCAAUAUGGAGGUGAAAGUAAUCAUCCUCGAUGUCCAAGUAAGUGUUAUUGCAACGAAAUAUUUGAUGACAGAAACUCAUCCCGAACCGGGCGCAGCCUGGUGUCCUUUAUGUUCCAAGAAAGUUGAAUCUCUCACCUCACCCGAAUCAUGGAGAAAUCAUUUAAUCGGCAAUUGUUUAAACAACCCAAGGAUAAAGAGCAGAUGGAAUGGCAAGACGGCACCAACGUGAGUAUAAUACAAUCUCAAGAAAUAGCAUUUCUAAUGACAAUAUAUUUAUAAUACAAAAGUUUUUAAUCACACAAUCGUUGCAGACAAGGAGCAUCGCUAUUAACCGGUCUACAAUUGAAUGUAGGUUGGAUUACUCUCUUCCUUUACCCGUUUACAGACUGAAUUUGAUUCUGUCCCAAUUAAUGAACCCCAACAAAAUAUGGCCCCGGUCCCAAUGGCUCCUCCGGCCGUUGGGGGAAUGCCCUUAGGCAAUGGGGACAUAAAUGGACCAAUAACUGGAGCUCCCUCCCAAUUUGGUCAACUCCCUCCACUUAAUGCAAAUCAAGGCUUUGGAAUUGCCCAGAAUCCGCAGCAACCAACGAAUGGGCAGAAUCUUAGAAGUGCAUAUAGAAAGCUGCAGCAAGAGAGGAAACAAGAUUAUGAGAAACAACAGGAAAGAGAGGCAGCGGAGGAGGAGGAGAAGGAAGAAGAAGAUCAUUAG